AUGACGUUCGUUAGAGUGACGGAAAAUACACCGAUCCACGAAACGAUAUUAACGGUGGAUGUUUACCCCCGUCACAAUUUAACAUUACUACCCGUCGAAAGAUUAGAAGAUGCAUCUUAUUUUGGAUUUAGGGAAAUAAAUACGACGACAAUAGGAAUUAUAUUAUUAAGAUCUUUGGAUGAUAUCGUCGAUAAUGAUAAUCCGCAAAACGUAUUAAAAUUUAAAAUAGCUUGCGAUUAUAACAACGGAUUAGAUACGAUUUCUACGUACAUGUCCGUGACGGUUUACGUCGAAGAUAUAAACGAUCACGCUCCACGUUUUCUAGAUGUUCCUUAUCAUGUAACCGUUGACGAAUUGACUCCGGUCGGUUUGACCAUAUUUCGUGGCAUACGUGCAAUCGAUAGGGAUAAACCAAACACGCCAAAUUCCGACGUACAUUAUGCCAUAGUCGGUGGAAACAAAGAAGGAAAAUUUUCAUUGGAAAGUAGUCACAGGCCCGAUUUGAUAUUGAGAAAACCUUUGGAUUAUGAUUCGGGGGGUACGGAAUAUGCGUUGAAAAUAAUGGCGUCGGAUAGGGGAAUCCCACAAAGGAAUACAACGACGACUCUACGAAUAAAAGUUUUAGAUAAUGAUGAUUUAAAUCCACGAUUUACAAGAGAACAUUAUAAAACUCAAAUACUCGAAUUUUAUCCCAUAACGGGUAAUAAAAUUCAUAAAGAAAUUCGUUUCAAACCACCGAUAUUAGCCUACGAUUCGGAUUUGGAAAUAAACACUCCGGUUAAAUAUAGCAUAACAACCGGAAAUGACAAAGGUUAUUUUUAUAUAGAUCCCGUAAACGGAACUUUGUUUUUAGAAAAAGAAAUCGAUUUGGAAAAGGAAUCUUUAUUGAUUGGAAAUACGUUUAAUUUACAAAUACAAGCGUCACAGAUCGAUAAUCCGUUAAAAGCCGGAUACGCGAGAGCGGAAAUAAAAAUCAUCGAUAUCAAUGACAACGUACCUGAAUUCGAAGUCGAUCUUUAUAACAUAAGCAUUGUUGAAAAUCUUCCGAACGGUUUUAGCGUAUUACAAGUCAUUGCCACCGACAAGGAUCAGGGUGAAAAUGGAGAAUUCGUUUUUCAAUUAGAAGACAAAAGUAAAGCUUUCAAUAUAGAUCCGAAAUCGGGUUGGCUUACCGUACGAGAUCAAAAUAUAUUAGAUCGUGAAAAACAAUCUUCUUUAAGCAUGAAAGUUUACGCCAUUGAAAAAACUCCUAGCGUUAUAACGGAUGUUAAUAAAAAAAUAAAAACUGCUUUUGUUUCCGUCGAAGUCACACUCAUCGAUGCCAACGACAACAAUCCGACAUUUUUACCAAGUAAUUUAUACGAAUUUAACGUACCUGGUGAUGCAAAAAUUGGACAUAUUGUCGGACAGGUGAAAACAACCGAUCCCGAUUUGGGAAAUAACGGUCGCGUCACGUAUAAUUUUCAAUAUCCAUCCAAGACUAAUUCGAACGUCAGCAGAAAAUUCGAUACAUUUAUUAUAGACUCGAUAACGGGAGUCAUUAAAGUCAACGAAUAUCCAUUGGAACAAGGUAGAUAUGCGCUUUUUGUCGAAGCUUCGGAUCAACCUGAAAAUCCGAGCGAAAGAAGAUUUUCAUUAGCCGUUGUCACAAUCGAAGUAUUAAAAACGGGAGAAAAUAAUUUUGUACCUGAUUUUAUCGGAGCCCCAUAUGAAUUUUGGGUGGGUGGUGAUGUUCCUAUAGGUACCAGCGUAGGACAAAUUCGUGUUACCGAAGCAUUGGAAAAGCAUCGAGUUCUUUACGAUCUUCUUCAUAGCUAUCAAGAUGGAGUACCGUUUGCCGUUGAAGAAACGUCGGGAGUUAUCAGUGUCGUUAGCGAACUUCAAAGGUUCGAUCGUUUUCUUUACGAUUUUGAAGCUUUGGUUACGGAUGAAAAAAAAAUUACCCUAGUCACAAAUUUGACCAUACACGUUGUCGAUCCGGAAGAAUAUAAACAACCCAUUAUUCGAGAAAAUAGUGGGCCGAUCGAAUUGAGAGUUCGUGAAAAUAUGCCCAGGGCUUUGGUCGGACAAAUUGUUCGACCGUACGAAAGUCCCUACACUAAUAAAUCCGCCUGGUGGAAAUCGUUACGGUUUGUAAUUGCCAAUCAACCGGAAGUCGCUGAUAAAUUUGCAAUAUCAUCAGACGGUACAAUAUAUACCCAACGGGGUCUAGACAGAGAAGAAAGGGAAAUUUAUCAUUUAGUAAUUAUUGUAGAAAGUACUCGUACGAGGAAAAGAACGGCUAAAGUUUAUCAGGUCACCGUUGUGGUCGAAGAUGAGAAUGACAAUCCACCGGUAUUCGAACACAAUCGAUAUGAAGGUCACAUAUUAGAAAAUUCACCUGGCGGAACGGAAGUGACUUUAAAUCAUUUCAUAAAAGCAAACGAUGCGGAUUCGAAUAUUAAUUCUCAAUUUAAAAUAACGCUUUACGGUGAGGGUAGUGACAUUUUCAUUUUGGAUCAAGUCACGGGAAGGCUUUUUUUGAGAAAAAAUAUCGCAUACGGACUGGACAGAGAAGAAAAACAAACGUACACGUUGAAAGUUGUAGCCAAAGACAAAGGAAAUUUAAAUUCCGAAGUAAAACUUACGGUGCACGUGGAUGACGAGAAUGACAAUCCACCGAAAUUUUUACAAAUGGUCGUCAUGCAAGAUGAAGAUAUUGAAAUUGUCGACACUAAUGAAAGUAAAUUAAAAUUUCGUUAUGCGUCAAGCGAUAUCGAACACGAAUUACUUCAAUUGGACAGUGAUAAUUCAGGUUCUAGUCUGAAACCAUCUGUUUUAUUGCCUCCCAUUAUUUCUCUGUCAGAAAACGUGACGGUUGGAACUUCCAUAAUAAAAUUAUUAGCCGACGAUAAGGAUGCCAAUUCGUCCAUUACUUACAAAAUAAUUAAAGAAGUCGUAGUUCCUUCUAACCAAAUCGGUGAUGUAAAUACUCAAAGUAAAAAACAUUUUCUUGUCGAUUCGAAUUCCGGUGAGGUUACGAUCGCUACGAAACUUUUUCCCGAAACGAAAUAUCGUCUCACCGUGUCGGCAUUCGAUAAUGGAGGAUACACGGAUAACGUGACACUUGUUAUCUACGUGAAAGACGUGAAUGAUCACGCUCCCGUUUUUUCAGAAUCCUCAUACGAUUUCGAUCUUGUCGAGGGUGUUUACUCUAAUCAUAUUUUGGGAAAAGUUCAAAGUAGCGAUGCGGAUUACGGAGAUAAUGCAAACGUUACGUACACCAUUUCUUACAAAGCAGAAGAAAUUCAGUUUCCGUUUAGAAUUUCCGAAACGGAAGGAGAAAUUUAUGUUUUCGGUCACAUUGAUCGAGAAAUAAAAGCUUCUUAUAUUUUUGAAGUCAUUGCCAGUGACAACGCAAAAGAAGAACCGAAGCUUACGGCUAGUGUAUUGGUAGAAGUACACAUCACGGAUAUAAAUGAUAAUCCUCCAGAAUUUUUCCAUUUCGAUCGUUUGCUGGAACUUCCCCGAUAUCAACUUGAAGAUUUAGAAAAUAGUUCGGAGGAAGGUAGCGAAAUUCUUUUGGUACCUGUAUAUUACGCAACCGUUCAAGAAAAUACCGCUCUCGGAGUUCCGAUUAUUAAAAUAUCGGCAAACGAUUCUGAUUUUCCCGGAAACGGAAACGGUUUAUUUUUAUUUGACAUAAUAAGAAAAAAAAAUUUUCCGACUUUUUUUGAAAUAGAUUCGAAAGAAGGAAUUGUUGCCGUGGCCAAUAAGCUCGAUUACGAACAUAUACCGAUUCAUAAUGUAACGGUCAUCGCUUCAGAUUUGGGAAAACCCAGUCUGACGUCGACGGCUUUGCUUAUAGUGAGCAUCAUAGAUGUUCCGGAAGAUGAUGAAGACAUAAGAGAACCUAUUUUCGAUCAUAAAUAUUACGAAGUAGAAGUAGAAGAAAAUUUAUUUCCUCCUCUCGAACUUCUCACGGUCAACGUUUCGGAAAAGUAUCGAGAUUUAAGAGUUAAAUAUUCUAUCGUACCUGGUUUGGACAGCAGCGAAUUCAACAUAAAUCCGACAAACGGAACUUUAAGUCUUUUGGUUAAACCCGACAGAGAAACAAAAGCAAAAUACGAAAUAAAAAUAAGAGUUGAUAAAAUUAAAAGAGCCAGAGGAAUGGUAUCAUUUAUUUAUCCUCCUCCAGCAGAAAAAAUGAUCGGUUUAGCAAACAACGAAGUUAAAAUAAUAGUGAGAGUGAAAGACGUAAACGAUAACGCACCCAAAUUUAAACAUCAUAACGUACCCAUCGUUGCUGUUGUACCGAAAACUGCAAGUUACGGCUAUGAAAUUCUUAAACUGGAAGCGACAGACCUCGAUGAGGGUCUUAACGGUGAAAUACGUUAUUUUAUACUAGGAAGAGGAGAAGAUUCGCAAAAAUUCACCAUCGAUCCAGUGACGGGUCAAAUUCGAUCAAUUGUCAGUUUCAUGAAAGAUGCUGGAAAAGUCUUCGGAUUCGAUGUUAAAGCCGUCGACAGAAGAGGAGCCGAUGAUGGUCGAUCCUCUAUAGCUAACGUAUUCGUUUACGUAUUAGAUAAUGAGAGACAAGUUGUCAUGAUAGCAAAAUCAAAACCGACAAUCGUAGAAAAAAAUAUAAAUUUUAUUACCGGAACCAUAUCAAACAUAACGGGAUUGGAAGUUGGAGCUCGUAAAAUAGAACCACACAUAAGAAAUGAUCAAGAUGAUGGAAAAACGACGGACGUUUAUCUUUACGCCAUUAAUCCAUCUUUGAAUGUUUUGGUAGAUAUGGAAUCUUUCCAUCAAAUAAUGAAAGAUAAAAGCAACGAUAUAAAAAGAAAUUUGGAUUCUUUUAGAAUAACGGAUUUUGCUUAUACGAAUGAACCAUUACCAGCAAAGCCACGCUCUCAGAAAAGUACUUUAUCCGUUUUGGAAAUCACAGUGGUGAUACUCGGUUGCGUUGUUUUCGUUGGAGCGAUGGCAUCUGCCAUAUGUAUAGGAUGCAUAGAAAGAGGAAAAAAAAGAAAAAGAAGAAAAACGUAUCCGGCUCCGGAGGUCGGAUUCACAUUAGCCAAAGCCGUUGUUAAACCUUCUCAUUUAUUUCCCACGAGUGGUUUUCACGAAGGUUUGUGUCCGGGUAACGUAACGGACACAUACGCGGAUUUACAUUCGAACAAAUCAACUUUACACGAUUCGAAAAGAAGAUUUCGUCACGAAUCGAUUUAUUAUCGAAGUCACAGACCUGGAAUGCAACGUAGACAUUCACAAAUGAAACCUCCUUUGGCAAGGUCGAAUAGUCACUUUGGUAGGCUUGAAACAUCGUUAACGUCACUUCAUUCGAGCGGAAAGGAUUCAGGUAUAACUGAAGGGGGAGGAGGAGGAGGCGUUUGCCCGUGUGGCCAUUCCACAAGUCCUUCUUCAGGCGACAGCACCAAUGGGAGUUAUGAGGAUUCGUUAAAAUCACUUCAUCAAAAGGAUAGAAAAAAUAAAAAGAAAAAUUUAGAAGAAAAAAAAGAUAAUUUUUGCGAAAAAGUUUUUUCGAAAAAAAAUAAAACGGAAUUUAAAGAUGGACGUAUGACGUCAUUGUUUGCACCACCGCCACCGCCACCACCUCCGCCAUUACCCCACGCAUUAUUGGCAUCUUUAAGAAACAUUAGGUAG